AUGCUGCUGUGGUCGCUUCUCGUCGUGCUGCCAGCGUUCUCGGAGGCCUCACCCGUAUUUGGAUGUUCCCUGCCGCCUCCCUCCACACAACAAUUCAACGCGACAACAGCAGAGAAAUCUUGGUACCAGCAAUACCAGUACCAGGUUCCUAUCCUAUCAUGGAUCGGCUGCGUUACGUACGAGCAGUCGCCUGGUGACAGCGACACCGAGAUGUACCUGAAUGGAAACUUCAGCAAGUUACCUCUUUUCCCCUUGUCGGCUAAAGCCACUUUCAACGGGAACCGAUUGGACAAAGUCUACAAAGGCAUAUGGUAUCCCUUCCUGAGUGGGCCGUACAAUGUCGUCUACACAGAUGCGGAUCUAAUCAUUGAUCAUUACUGCUUCUUAGGCAAUGAUGUCGUUCAAGUCUUCACGAAUGUGAAGAAUCCCAGUGCCGAAGUGCUGGAGCGAAUGUGGAAAGUCGUUGCUGAGAGUCCAGAGGUGAACGAGUCUAAACUGAGGAGAGUCAACUGUUGAUUAUGUAUAGUGCCAAAUAAACCCUGAUUUCAGAACACGAGUUUUUUACAUUUUUAGAACUUGCCAGUUGUUGACAAUAGAGGCAUCUCACCUGCAGGAAACACCAAAAUCUACUAUUAGACUUCAACUAGAGUCUGCUCUAGGAAAAUUAAUGCAGCACAUUUUGUACCAAAUUAUUACAUGGCUGAGUCUGUAUUAAGUAUCAGAAAAAAUGCUUAAAUCACCAACACAGAUUUGUAAGAGGAAGAUCAUAAAAGUGCUGUAUUUAGUAUGACGUAAUUAAGUGAAAAUAUAAAUAAAUCAACAAACAUA